GGGGUCUAGCAAUGGCAGUAGAUAUUCAGCUCGAUCAGAUAUUUAAAUAAUUAAGACAGAAUGGAGCUUUGCUAAUCUAUCUUGUUCGAAAUAUGUUACAUCAAUGCCAUGGGGGAAGCUUUGGCGAGCCAAUGGCUUCGUUAGGUAGGGGCCUUGAUCGAUCGCCCGYUCUMUUGGGAAGGACCGCUUCGCAUGGACACAACUUAAACCUGUUUGGGAACUUCGGUAGUCCCAAGGAACGAAAAAUAUCGCCAACUCGAGGAGGAUCUCUCGAUUUACCUUCUAAACAUGGCAACGACAGUCUCAAAGUGAACGUUAGUGGAAAGAUUUUUGAGUUUUUUCGCCACGAGCUAGAGGUCUAUCCUCAAAGCUUGCUAGCGAAGCAGUCGCGCGCCGGAAGGUAUUAUGAUUUUGACCGAAAGGACUACUUCUUUGAUCGAAGUAGGCUAGCUUUUGAUAGUAUCUAUUGCUUUUAUCAGCUACAGGGAGCACUGGUCUUCCCUGAGAACUAUCCAGAACAACUUUUAAUGGAUGAAUUUUACUUUUUUGGAUUGUACGAUUACCUUAGCUCAAAAGAAAAAAAGCUACUAGUCAAGCCAAGUCAACUAAAUGAGGAAGUUCACGAUAUAUCACCAAAACGCGAAUGGCAGAUUUUUCUAUGGCAUCUACUUGAACACCCGGAUCGCAACUUAGGCUGUAAAAUCUUCAGCAUCAUUACUCUAACGUUGAUUGCUUUCUCUAUAAUAAUUAUGUGUAUAGAUACGAUUCCAGCCCUUGGAAACCAGCAACAGCCAAUAUCCACUUCUGAAAAGGUCAACAAUACUUCUAUUUCAAAAUCACAAUCUCASAAAGYGAUGGGAGAAGAACUUUUUGCAAUGGAGACCUUCUGCAUUGUCUAUUUUACUUUAGAAAUAGCAUUAAGAUUCAUCGUAUCGCCUAUUAAACUACGUUUCUGGUUGAAAGGUUUAAAUUUAAUCGAUUUGGCUGCUAUACUUCCAUAUUACUUCAUUCUUGCUCUUGAAGAAGUCUACAGUGGAACAGCCAUCGUUGCUUUAAGGAUGUUCAGACUUUUUCGGGCAUUUAGGAUACUGAAGGUGUCUAGAUACAUCUCAGGAAUGCAGGUACUGGGCCAGACCCUACGGGAGGCCUUUAGUGAUCUCUGGAUGAUAGCCUUCUUAACAGUGAUAGGGACACUACUGUUCGCUAGCUGUGUGUUCUACUUUGAGAAUAUCUGGGAUCCUGGCACUCAGUUCGAGAGCAUUCCUCUUACAUUGUGGUGGUCCAUCGUCACUAUCUCAACCAUUGGAUACGGCGACAUGGCGCCUAAAACAUUAGCUGGAAAACUAGUCGGGUCGAUGUGUGCGAUAUCAGGCGUUCUACUGAUUGCUCCGCUUUUGCCGAUUGUGUACGAGCGAUGGCAACGUUACUACCAAUUGGACCGAGAUGGAAAACGAAUCAAAGCAGGGCAAAAUCUUCUGCGUGAAAUUGAAAAACGAAGAAAARCGAAGGAUUCUAAGAAGGAUAAAAAACGUGAAAAAUCUGAAAGGUCUAAAGGCGAGGGCUCAAAGAAAAACGGUGAUGUUAAGGAAAAUGAUGCAAUURCCAAAAAGAGAAUWUSCAUGGAMCAAGAGAAUAAAGAAAUAGAAAUGCUUGAAGAACACGAAGUAAAGCCAGGUGACGACGUAGUUUGGACGCACAUCAAACGAGCAAGCUUAAAACGAAGAGAAAGCAGUCAAAACAUGCUUAAAAAUGACGGGAAAUCUAAUCCUCCKCAGAARGGUUCUAGGCGUCCMGAGUCAUCUCGCAAAGGAAAAGACAUUGCAAAGACAACAAUUAAACCAGAGCCGGCCAGUCCUGCUGCAAUAGAGACCGAACCAAUCGAGGACAGGAAACCAAUAUUCACGUUYACUGAUGAGAAAGGCGUUGAUAGGGACUGGGACCAACCUGGACCAAGUAACGUGAUAUAUUAGGCGCGUGUGAUUGGGUGAUUUAAAUUGAUUGACAGUUGUUGCUGUUGGCAAUCGAAGUUCAAUCGAAAUGCUAAUUUACAAUGCAUUUGGAUUGUGAGUUAACCAGUUUAGUAACCUGUUAAAACUGGUUUUGGUUSCUGUCAUACUGAUWCUGAAUUCGRUUCCAUCUGUCAUAUGUGACGUCAAAAGGGGAGUCAUUGUUGUCCCAUAUAAGGUAGUAUUYACUAGGUUGCGGAAGACCAUGUAGCUAUUACUAAAUAUAAAGAUGGCCAAACGGCUUUCAAAUUCAAUCUCGAGCCCGGAGUCUUCACGGCUAAUGUCAGYAGUCUGGUGACGCCGCAACUCGUCUGGGGUAAUCCAUUGAAUUGGCUUUUCAGUCGCAAAUUAGACUAGAGUUUGUUUUCCGUUUUUUUUUUUUUUAUGAAGAUUAAUAAAGUUAUAGCAAAUAUUUAAGUUUAGGAAUGUUAUUUAAUGUUACAGUAUUUUUUUAUUUUUGUUUUGAAAAAAUGAAGCGAGCGCGCUGGCGGCCUGAAAACCCAACUUGAAAACAAUGCGCGCGCGCUCGUGUCAUUUUCAACCAAUCACRAAUCCAGAAAUCAGAUAACAUAACCCCCCGCAAGGUCUCUCACGUAUUGACAUCCGCUGGAUGACAAGAGUGUGGGCUCUGGGUAGGAGAUUGCUUCAUAUAUUGCCCAUAAAAUAUGACAGCAGGCSAGGAGAUAGUYCAAUGUUGUUUUUGAACGUUUGAMGGUCUUUAUCCAGCAUGUUUGAUAAUCAAGACAACAAUCAUCAUACCGUACAUAAAUGUGUAUUGAUCGAAUUAUGAAAAUUAUAAUACUGAAUACUAAGACUUCAAAGAACUUAUUCUAAGGAUGUACUAAUUAAUAAAAAUAUUUUACACAUUUGAA